AGAAAUCUUUUGUGAUGGCUGGGAGUUAAUCACUUGAGCGGCACACGCCAGUUCUGUGGGAGCACAUGUUCUACACUGGUCCCCUAGGGGGGAGUGGGAGGUCCCAAAAUCACACACAAGCUCAGACACACUCACACACCACCAGUGAAUUUACAUGUCAGUUAUAAGGAAAAGCUGGGUACAGGCCAACUAGACAAGCCAGAAGACCCACCCCCUCCAUCAGAACAGAACAGACCAGAACUGAACAGUUAACAGACCCCUCUGGCCGUGGUGAUAGUUGGAGCUUCACAUUCACUGCUGGUUCAUUUCAGGCCAUAGACACACAUGAGGGUAGGGAUGUGCACACACAACUGACUGGCUUUCUCCAGGACUGGAUGGAUGACUCUGUAGAGGCCUUGCUAGAGAUGGAUGCUUAGUUUGACUUGGCUAUGAAUCCACUAACUGAACUUCUCUGAUGCCAUGGUUUGGGUCUCCUUCUCAACUCCUUGUAACCUCACCACCCAGACAUCAGACCCGUUGAAUGUCCACCUUUGCCCGCAGGACCAUGGGUAGCGUCAGCAGUGUAAUCAACGGCAGCAGCUUGGACACGGACCACUGCAAGGCUUUGGAGUAUCAACUCAAAAAGGAGAAGAACCUGCACAGAAGGAGUGGAAGUCGCAGCCUCGAUGGGUUACUGAACUGUGGUUUCACUCAAGGGUCCUCGUCGUCCACGUACGCCUCCAAAGGCCUUGCUUACUCUCACUCAGGACAAAGUGAAGAUUUUUUUUACAUCAAGGUGAGCCAUAAACCAAGGCAGGUCUAUAACAGGGAAGGAGAAAGAUCGAUGGAAGAUAAAGGCAACAGGGGUGGAGAAUCAGAUGGUCCGCAGCCCAAGCUGCUGCUCAUGUCCGGGAAUAUCACUCGGACGACCACUGCUGAGAAAUCACUGGCCCGUUCUACUUUCUUCAAGCCUCUGCAUCCCCAGAGUACGUCAUCCUCAAAGACAGGACACAGCAGCCUGGACCGCAUCCUUUGUCCUCUGGAGAAGGACAGGAUUUCAGACAAUAAAAACAAACAGGACACUUUCUCAGGCACUCUAUCAGACUCAGGGCGUAACUCGAUGUCAAGCCUGCCCUCUCACAGCAACACUGGCAGUCUUGGUGCUUCUACAGGGCCUGUCAAUCACUGUGAUGGAAGCUCUGCUCCCACUAACAGUCUCAGCAGGACAGCACAAACAUCUCUGCCUUUGUGGGUCAAGGGUAGCAACAUUAACCUUGACUCUAGCCACAGGACAGUUUUAAACACCGCUGGGUUGGCAACUAAGAGAAACGGGGAAGCUGGCUCCCCACCUUCUGCACAGGAGCCAAGCCCACUCUCAGAAACUGCAGGUGGGAUCCGGUCUCCCAUUAGUCCAGAUGAGUCACUGAUUGAGCGUUUGGAACAAAGGCUGCUUGAGAGAGAGACGGAACUGCAGGAGCUGCAGGUCAGUUUUGAGGAGAAGGAAGCCGAUGCCUGCCACCUGUUUGAGAAGAGACAAACCUAUUUUGUGGAGGAAAUGGAGGGUUUGAAGCAGCGAUGCUCCACAAAGCUAAGACAAGUGUCUCAGAUGGCUGUGAAAACCCAGCAAGCCCUGCAGCUGCAGGAAGAAAAGGAAAAGCUUCAGGAGGAUUUCUCAAAGUUGUCCCUAGAGAAGGACCUGUUACAGAUUAGACUGAGGGCCUACGAGAAUGAUGGCACACAGUUGGCUCCAACACUUGAAGAAACUCAGUGGGAGGUGUGCCAGAAGACAGGAGAGAUCUCGUUGUUGAAGCAACAGCUGAGAGACAGCCAAGCAGACGUCAACCACAAACUAAACGAGAUUGUCAGCCUCAGGGCGUCACUGAAGGAAAACACGGCAAAGAUGGAGACGCUGCAGAAACAGAAUAAAGACUAUGAAGAUAAACUGCACACUCGCACUAUAGAGGCUGAGGUUUCCCAAAAUGAACUCCACCGCAAGAAGAAUGAGGCAGAUUUUCUGAGGGAGAAAGUGGGCAAACUGGAGAGAGACAUCCAGGAAAUGAAAGAAGAUCUAGCCGCGGCCAAAGAGGAGAGGUCGCAACACACACGGAAAUGUGAGGCCAAUGUCCCGAGUCAGGCCUCAGAGAGAUUAAUCCAACGUUCAAACUCUCCAGCAAUGGGUCAAAAGGAGGAGGAAAACAACAAAGAAACCUCUCCAGAAUCACUUCAUGAAAGAGUGGAGAAGCUGAAGAAGCAGUUGGAGGAGGAGAAGGACACUCAAGAAAAGCUGGCCAGCAGCUUCGAGAGGGAGAGAGAAACAUGGAAUAAGGAGAAAGACAGGGUUAUCAAGUACCAGAAGCAGCUCCAGAUCAACUACCUACAAAUGCACAGGAAGAACCAGGACCUGGAGAGGAUCCUAAAGGAGCUGACCACUGAACUGGAGAGUCGCACAGAACUGGAGCUUCCAUACAGCUCAGGGUUACAGACAUAUGAUGACAUCAUUGCCACAGAGAUUUGAUGGGAAGCACUUACAUUUUGCUGUUGGACAAUUAUUUUGAUCACAUUUUUUGUUUGUUUCUGCUAUUUUACUACUGGAGCACAUUCGCUGUUAGUGAUUAUUUAAAUAACUGUCUGUUUUACAUAGAGUAAAGUUGUAAAAUUCCACUUGCUCUGACAUGAUUUCUCUGUCAAUAUGUUUUCAAGUAAAAUCUAAUUUAUUUCGAAAAACAACAUUUUUCUUAUCCUGUCUUUGAAAAAACAUAUCCCUGAUCGUCCACACUCACACCUUUUUAUUUGCUAUAGAGAAUGGACAUAGGCUGACUUCUCUGUUUCAUGAUAAAUUUCUGGUGAUACAGCAAGACAAAGACUGCAGUUGAGCACCUGUCUCUUCAGGCUCUUCAGUAAAUGACAGUGAUGUAUCAUCGACCAGGAGUCGAGGUCUCCAAACCCUAAUUAACUUGGCCUUGUGUGUCUCGUUUACUGCGAGCUCUCACACCUUACACAAAGAGCAUAGAAUCUAUUUCAAAACCAGUGGAAGAAAAGAACUCAGGUCAAGUUAACUUUAAAUUAUUUUAGAAAAUCGUAAUUUAACUACAUUCAGCUGUAAUGUACACAAUGUACACAGUUUAACAACAACUGGAGUUGAAACAUUGAAUUAAACC